CACAUUAGAAGGACAAGGCAGCAUAGACCACCAUGGACUAGCGUGCCGGGACCGGCGCUAGAUUGCGGUAUAAGUGGCCAACGCGAACUUCACUGAGCGAGUGGCACACACUCUCUAGCUGAUCCACCACCACAUACACUAUGCCUAUCUCCAAGAAGGUCAUCAUAUUUGGAAAAGUCACCGUAGAUCGCCUGCUAGCGAAGCUCUUCACGCUGCUCUGGUCACGGAACCUUGUCUCAACGCCUCAGGACACAGAAGAGGUGCGCUUCAUCAAGGAGAACACCAGGGAGUACUGGGCGCGCGACCUGGCCCUCACCAUCCGUGCGGAAACCUUGCGGCCGUUCUAUAACCUCUUCCUCCUCCUGUGGCCCUAUCCAGCCAAGUUUGCGUUGCCUCCUCUGCGCACGUCCCACGAGUACUUCAACACCCCGGGUCUCGCUGACUGGCUUGGGUACGACUCCUGGCGGAUGGGACACUUCCUCCCGUACCGCGACCGUGACACACCCCUCCGCUCGCUUUAUCGCAUGCACGCCUGGGCAUGUGCGUGCGAAGAAGUCGCCUUCGGCUAUGAGGCGCAGUACUUCUACUCCCAUCCCGAGCCGGAAUGGCGCCUCGAGAACGUCCCGGACCCCAAGGACCCGGACCCGAUCCGCUACGCUAUCCUGGCUGGCCUGGUCGAGAUGAUGGCUGUCGCGUUCAACGACCGCUUCGAUCUUGGCCUUCCCCGGUUAGGCGAGGGUCUGUCGUAUAUGUUCUACGGCAAGCUGCAGGAGGAGGGACGGAAGGUGCAGGUACCGGAGGAGCGUCCGCCUGCGUGGGCUGCGAACGUGGGGGCUGUCCCGGGCCCUCUUGUGGUACUACGGAAGGACGGAUACAAGACGGGAGGGCAGGCAUGGCAGAAACGAAACGUUCUUCUCGGUGGUGCGGGAUAUCUGGACUGGGCUUAAUCGCGCUGUUAGGAGUUUCGUUCAUCUCUCGCCUGGGACUGCAUUUCCUCACGAGUGUGUAUCAACUUCUCCCGAGUUUGCACUUACUUCCUAUAGAACUGGCUGCCACAAGUACCGUUGCAACUUCUCAUAGAUCCGAUACGUACUACAGGUAAUAUUGUCACAUCGCAACUUCUUCUUUGUAUCCUUGACAAUGCAUCGUCUACGC